AAAAUGUGCGUACGUGUUGAACUGUGAUACGGCGUAAAAGUAACCUUAAAAAACAAUAAUUUAAAUUAGAGUGAUUGAAAGAAAGUAAUUGACAGUUUUGAUAAAUAAAUAUUGAGAAAUUGAUAAACUAUUAUUGAAAAUUGGAUUUAAUUAUGGCUACCGCGGUGCCUUCGAGGUUUGCAGUACUUGCUAUUGAUGACGAUGACUCCAAACCGAAAAAAAGUAAAAAAACUCCUAGUACUAACAACAACAAUGAUAAAAAUGUUAAUAACAAACAGCUGAAAAAUAAAGUUAAUAAUAAAAGCAAGCCGCAAGUACAACAAAAUUCUUCUCAGCCUAAAAAAGAUGACAAAAAAAAAUCAAAGCAAAAUAAGAAGAAAAAAGUUGAAAAAGAAAGUCAGCAAUGGGAACAGUGGAAAGAAAAAGAUUCAAUGUCUGUAGAAGAAACUUAUAAACAACAAUUGCACGAAGCAUUGGUGCUGUCAAAAUUAGCUUACGAAGAGCAAAAGGAAAAUAGUGUGAAAAAAAGUCCGGAUCACUCGAGUAAGAAAUCCAGCGGUAAUAAAAAUAAUAAAAAGUCAGCUACUAUGUCAUUGGAGCAGUUUAAUAAUUUGAAUUCUGCUGAUAAAGUUAUUCAAGAUUCAGAACAUGACAAGCCUAAAGAAUCCGACGUUGAAUUUUUUGAUCGCAUUGAUAAAGAAACAAAGCAAGAGCUUAUAAAAAACAAACAGCGUGAUAUUUUAAAAUCACGUUUAAACCAACCAGAUGAUGAUAUUUCACUCCUCCAAUUAAAAUUCGAAGUUGAAAAACGCGACACUGAAAUAGAAGAAUUGAAAAAAACAAUUGAGGCUCUGAGGAAUGAAUUGUCUCAGGUUAAAGAGAGGAACAAGAAGCUUUGCAAUAUUCUCGCUGUUGGAGAAAUGAAAGACAAAGCUUCAGUUAUUGCAGAAGUUUCAAAAUUACAAGAAAUAAGAGACGAAUUAACAUCUGAAGUAAGUUUGCUACAUGCGCAAUUGGAACAGGAACGUUCUAAGACUCGAGCCUCCAGUGCUGAUUUAAAGAAUACUAAAAAUAAGAAAAAAGUCACUAAUGACACUGCCUAAAUUAGUAAUUAAUUAUUAUUAAUUAUUAAGCUACCAAACCAGUUUUAAAAAUUAUUUUUUUUAUUAAAAAAAAGGCAUUUUUUUCACAAUUUUUAAAAUUUAUAAAAUGUGAUUUAUUUAAAUUUAUCUUCCGUAGGAUAAUUAGUUUUCAAAGUACAACUAGAAAAUUAAAAAAAAAAUGAACUACGACUGAUUAAUUAUUAUUAAAUAAUAAGCCAGUAUGAUUUAAAUACUUAAUUAGCCAGUGCAUUGAUAUUUAUUUACAAUUUAUAACAAUUCAUUAUUGAUUGAUGAUAUAAUUAUACACGUACAUAAUGAUAUAAGAUAAUUAUUGUACUUGUUUAUAAACUUCCAUAUUUAACUUUAUACUAUUUUGUAACAAAGUUUAAGGAAAUAAUAAUAAAUCUAUAUGAUUGAGAAAGUG